AUGAAGCCCCAACAACAAUCAAUGACUUCGGCGUGGACUAAUGCUGGUCAAGGUGUAACCCAAGUUAUGGCCAGAUGUGAAGCAGCCAAAUCUUCCGGAUUCCUGGAUCUUCAAGAUUGUAAUUUGAUGUACAUAACCGAUGCUAUUUACUUGGUGCUCAAAGAGUACGAAAUCACGAAAUGCAGUUUGAAAGGGAACGAUUUGAAGAAAUUUCCGAAGAAAAUGGUCAUUCGACUGCCGGAAUUGGAAGGUAAUCAAUGUUUUAGGGGUUUUAAAACUUGGAGAAUUCCAAUGUAGAUACAGCAACCUCUAUAUCAUUUCUGCUAUUUUCAAAGCCAUUUCAGUCGGUUUUGGCAGAGCUUCUUCAAUUUUUUCUCAAAAUUUUCUAUUUUUUCAACUUUUCUUAAAGUUUUGUAGCUAAUCCUGCCAUUUUCAGUACUAAACCUGGAAGGAAACAAGAUUGACGAGAUUGCAGAUGAAAUUGUUGGUUGGAAAGAUACAAUGAAAGGAAUUAAUUUGGCCAAAAAUCAAAUCAAAACUGUCCCUGACACCUUUCUGGAGCUUCACAAUUUGGUUUUACUUGAUUUGAGUGGGAAUGGCAUUGAAGGUAGGGCUUUAAAAUUUAAUAUGAUGGUUUUUAUAUUGUUUUUUAUAUGAUGAGACUAAAAAAGUAUAGGUUUGUUUACCGAAUUUUGGAAAAAUUGAAAAAAAAACUUGUUGCACGGUGCAAAAAUAUUAGUUUUACUGCACCGUGCAACCUUUCCAAGAACUUUUGGUACAAUACGACAACAAAAAAUAAAGAAUCGUGUUCUCAGCAACAAAAGAUUUUAAUUUACUGUAAAACUUAUCAUCAAAAGUUAUAGAAAAUAUAAAAAACACUAACUCACAGUAAUCUCCAAAACAAUAAAUUACAGUAACCAUAAUCAACAAAAAUUGUAGAUAUUGAUGCGGAAAAGUUUUUCAAAGCUUUCCCUAACCUAAAACAAGUAAAUCUACACGACAAUCCCUUAUCUGCCGCCAAGAAGAAGGCUUUGACAGAUAAAUGCCCUAAAGGUGUUACCUUGAGGUUGGAAUGA